UGAACGUACAUUAAGGGGAAAGGAUCCACAGACACGAGGCUGAUUAUCUUUCUGCACAUCUCUUUAUUUACAAUGCUGGUUGCCAUGGUUAACACAAAUGCAAUACAUUGAAUGCUACCUGAAUUGACUCAUUGAAGUAACAUAAGUAGGCCUACAGUAUCACAGCGAGGUUGUUUGUGUGUGUUGGUCAGAUGAUCCUGUGUCCAGAUCAACACUAUUGAUUAUUCUCUAACCCCAGUGCAUGUGGUGUACUAUGGUCUUAGCCAUGCUCUCACUAACCCGCAUCUUUACUCUUUCUCCCUUUCCGGAGGACCUGAGACUGUCGGUGUGAUCGAAGCGUUGGACCGUGACUGAUGACACCCUGGCCUGACACCUGGACAUACCUGGCCCGACACCUGGACAUACCUGGCCCAAUCUCCCUGGCCCCCCUCUACCUUCCUGUUGCUGCCUCCACUGGUUAUUUCUUUGUGGAUGUAUUAUUCAACUAUUUACUUUUACUAUUUGCCAAUGAAAGAGCAGAUCUGACAUCAACACAGUACCCGAGACAGAUAUAAAUUCGCGAAGACGCAUCAAUCCCGACUCAUCACUGCGUUGACCAGCAGCUGUGAUGUCUCUAGCCGACCCCACCUCGGACACCACGCCCUUCUUCUCUGAUGACAGCGAGGCAGAGGGUUCAGAAGAGCCUGGUGCGGGGCCUAGCCAGCGCCGGGAAGAAGAAGAGCCAGCCAGCGGAGUGUCCAGCUUGAGAGCGGUGUUCACCGUUAUUGUCCUGUGUUUCAUCAACCUGCUCAACUACAUGGACAGGUUCACUGUGGCUGGUGUUCUGCCUGAUAUUGAGCAGUACUUUGGGAUCAAUGAUGGGAAGUCAGGGCUGCUCCAAACAGUCUUCAUCUGCAGCUACAUGUUCCUGGCUCCUGUCUUUGGUUACCUGGGUGACCGGUACAACAGGAAGAUGAUCAUGAGUGUGGGCAUAAGCUUCUGGUCCAUCGUGACACUCGCCAGCUCCUACACGCCCAAAGAAUAUUUCUGGCUCCUGUUGUUGACGCGUGGCCUGGUGGGGGUUGGGGAGGCCAGUUACUCCACUAUCGCCCCAACCAUCAUCGCUGACCUGUACAUCAAGGAGAGGAGGACGCAGAUGCUCUCUGUCUUCUAUUUCGCCAUUCCAGUGGGCAGUGGUCUGGGCUACAUCGUGGGGUCAAAGGUUGAUGACUUGGCAGGGGACUGGCAUUGGGCCCUGCGGGUGACUCCUGCAUUAGGACUGGUAGCGGUGGUGUUGCUGCUGUUCGUGGUGAAAGAGCCAAAGAGGGGUGCUAUCGAGGCCCGACCGGAGCACACACUCCAAAGGACCAGCUGGCUGGGUGACAUGAAGGCUCUUUGCAGGAACCCCAGCUUUGUGCUGUCUACGUUUGGCUUCACGGCUGUGGCCUUUGUGACUGGCUCCUUGGCACUCUGGGCCCCGGCCUUCCUCUUCAGAGCUGCGGUCUUCACCGAAGGGAGGCCCCCCUGCGUUAAGGGGCCAUGCGACACCUCCGACAGCCUGUACUUUGGCAUCAUCACAGUCGUGUCGGGGAUCCUGGGCGUGGCCAGUGGUGCAGAGGUCAGUAGGAGACUGAGGUUGAGGACGCCGAGGGCUGACCCCCUGGUGUGUGCUCUAGGACUCCUCCUCUCAGCUCCCUUCCUCUACCUCGCCAUCGUCUUCGCUCAGGCCAGCCCCAUCGCCACAUACGUGUUUAUCUUCCUGGGAGAGACCUUCCUGUCUAUGAACUGGGCCAUCGUAGCGGACAUCCUGUUGUACGUGGUGGUCCCCACGCGUCGCUCCACGGCUGAGGCCUUCCAGAUCGUUCUCUCUCACCUGCUUGGAGAUGCUGGGAGUCCUUAUCUCAUAGGCGUGGUGUCAGACUCUCUGAAGCAGACUGACUCGUACCUAUGGCAGUUCCGCUCCCUGCAGCUCUCCCUCCUCACCUGCUCUUUUGUGGCAGUUGGGGGCGGGGCUUUCUUCCUGGCUACCGCCCUCUUCAUCGAGAAGGACCGCCAACGUGCCACAAACUACGCACCCACAGCGUCCAUUCAGCAGCAUUACAGUGAGGAUUACACUCAGCACACCCUAGGAUUUGGCUUGACCCACCCACCAUACAACCCCUCUGCUGCCACAAGCUGGGGUGCUCCCCCUUCCAGCCUUCUUUCACCCAUUUCACCACAGAUGGUUCUGAGACCGAACUCUGUCACACCGACUGAAAAUGAGAGUAAUGACGGCUAUGAGAGUCCAAGAGAUGAGUAUGUCAACGAGGACAGCUAUGAACAAGGAUCAGGCUACCUAAUGGUGUUACCAUCAGUUCUUCCUGGGACUGGGUCUCUGCGUCAUUCCAACCAAUGUCUAAGCUCCCGAAGCACAGGAAACAGUGGCGAGGUUAUGAAAAUCAAUAUGAAUGUCGACGUGGGAAAGAGUGAUGACAGUGAUGACGGCAGCAACGACUAUGUCAAUACUAAAGAAAACAGUGACGAGGAGGGCAAUAUGAAUGUCGACGUGGGAAAGAGUGACGACAGUGAUGAAGGCAGCAACGACUAUGUCAAUACUAAAGGAAACAGUGACGAGGAGGGCAACAUGAAUAUCGACGUGGAAAAGAGUGAUGACAGUGAUGAAGAAGGCAACGACUAUGUCAAUACUAAAGAUAUGUGAAGCCUCCCCAUCAUGUAGCUGAUUCCGACGGGGAGGUAAUUGAUGAGUCGCUUGACAGCUGGAUUUGAGUGCAACCAAGUAUCAGUCAAAGGGAAGACUACACAGCUACAUAGGGCUUCUGCAAUAUGGACAAGAGCACUGUGCAACUCACUGCUGUGGCUGCUGAAACUUUUCAAAAUACCUUAAUAUCAUCCACCAGGCGUCUCUCUCCAAACUGUGGUAAUAAGGGAGGACAUGUUGUAAAAUGUAUUGUAUGGCUUGUGUGGUGUAGGACAAAUGCCUUUGAAAAACACCUCUUGGUGCCCCAGCUGCUUGUGUGAGCUACCAGCUAUAACCAUAAUGAUUUUUCUUUAAGCUCUUUCCUAUUAAAGAGAGGAUGACAGUGGGGAAAGAAAGGUGGUGUUGAAGGGCAGUAGGCCGGAUUUGAUCCCAUGUUGACAUGCCGACGGCAUCAUCUUUUUCAAUGUAUGGAUUUGCUGACGACUCCUGAGAAUGUUCGUUCUAGUUUACCCAUUUUCUCUUAAAUGUAUUUAUAUAUAUUUUUUUACUGUGGAGUCAUGUUAACUACAUUCAAAUCUGUUUUUAUAGUUGAAGUUCUUUUUGUCACUAUAUAAGAAAUGCUCUGCCAUAAUCUAUAGCCCUAUUCUGACAGGAUAAACUCAGUGUAAUGUGCAUGAGCACAAAUCACAUCCCUAAGGUUGGGUCCUCUGAGUGUGAAUCGUCAUCCCUGUGUUGAGGGAUAUUAGUUUAACAGGUGCUGCACCUGGUUUGGGAACAAAUUGAUGCUUAAAACAGUGCUAUGCAUGUAGCUUAAUGUUAAAUUCUGUUUUGUCACAACUUUCCUAGUGCCAUACACGUCCGGUAAUUAAAAGUUUGCAUAGGUUAGUUCAUGAUUUUUAUGCAUUAUUUUGACUUUCUCCGAACUGAAGGCCAUUAGGUCAAUAUUAGGCUGUUCCAAGAUGUGAAAUAUCUUCAUACCUAGAAAAGCCUCCAGUCAUAAUGCUAAAUUUUGAAUGAGGUAAAAAUGAAUCGUCCUCUGGAAAAACUGACAUGCUGUAAGUUAGACUUUUUAUACUAAUUCUGUGCAAAUAGGGCUUAUAAAAAAUAUGUUAUUGGGUGAUGGCCUCAGUUUAUGGUGAAAUUCACAUGCUUGUCAUAUACCUUUAAAUAAAUCUAAAUGAACAA